AUGCAAGAGCUACAUAACGCGGACACGUUCUGUGAGUCUUGGUCAGUUGCACCUAUGAGGCUUCUUUCCUUGACACUUUCUCUUGCUUCUAGUCUUUUUGUCGCCGCUUCUCUUGUUGAGCGACCCGACAGGAUCCCUUUCGAUGGUCAAUAUUUGAAACCGAAUGCAUCGAACACAGCCGUUGAGUGGUGGUGGGGGCAUGCUAUAGCCGAACCAACAGGCAAUAACCCUCCAGCUGCCUUUCAAUACCUAUUUUAUCAAGGAUACCCAUUUGCGCUCGGACCGCGGGACCCCACCCUUCCCGAGUUUUACAUCGUGGUAAACGGCUUCUUUCCAAAUGGGACUCGGUUCUCGGGGACCAUCCCUGCCACCUCAGGCACCGUAACCUCCCAUGCCCAAGAAGUCGCUGGAAGCUGGGGUGGUGCAGGCAGCUUCAGAGGCUCUCCGGACUUGUCCACAUUCACCAUCCAUCUCGAUGCGCCAGAGUAUGGUUUCGUUGGCUCCGUCAAGCUCACCUCGCGAGCGGCACACCACUUCGGCUGCAAUACCACUUCUGGCCCUUACUUCGAAUCCAUCCUUGAUCAACACACGACGCUAUCUGCGGCCGAAGAAAUUCUUUUCACCAAGCUAGGUUGGGCGAUCAGUGUUCCAGGCGCUGUCUCAGAGGUCGACAUGAAAAUCAACGGCGCCAGACUCAGGUUUACUGGCCAAGGCUACCACGAUGCGAACUGGGCACCCGCUCCGCUAAACACAGCGGUCGAUUCAUGGUUUUUCGGCACGGCCUCCGUCGGCGAUUAUGAUCUGUCGUACAUCUCUGUUUCCCCUUCCAACUCAACCCGAACCCUCAACACUGGCUAUCUCGCGCACAAGGGAAUUGUUCUUCAAAAUCAGUGCAGCCUGGAAGGCACCAAGUCAAAAGACCGCAGUGUCAUCAAGCCAUAUGGACUCGACCAAAGUUCAUCUGGCGUACCUGUGCCGACUGGGUUUAUCAUUGAUUAUAUUUUGGGGAAUGGCGAAAUGUACUCGUUCAAUCUGAGCUCCGUUGGCUCCUCCGCACAAAAUCCAGACGAAGUGGUGUAUCAUCGCUGGGUCGGCCAAGCGAGCGGUGGGAAAGUUGGAGGAGUCUCUGAACAAGGUCUGACAGUCUUCGAAUGGUUAAAUCCAGGUCUUGUCCCAUACUCAGUUUAG